CCUGAAAUAUAGUGACUUUUAGUUUCCCCCUAAAUAAUGACAAAUGUCAUGUGUCAAAAACCUUGGAGGGAAAAUUGUGAAAAUGUGAAAAAUUGAUUUCUCUGUUAAAAAAUGACGCAACAGAUGAGUAUAACCCAAAGCGGAAUUUCCCAAAUUAGUAAAAACCUUAUCACUGAAUAUUUCAAACAAAUCGUCCGAGAUUCAGGCAUUAAAUUAGUCUCGACCGAUGAUCCCAAUGGUUUGACUCAGGAACAAGCAUUGGUUGUUCGAGACAUUGAAAAAUUUAUUCAAGAAGACGACGAUAACGUUGAGAAAUUUAUCAGAGGCUUCAAAGUUUUAAUUAGGAAGGAAAAAUAUUUGAAGAAAGCUUUAUUACCGACCGUUUUUCGAAAAAAGACCAGUGGGGAUAGCACAGACGAUAUUGCCGCGAUGGAAAUUCAACAAGAAAGUUUAUUCCGAAUAUUCCUCAAGGUGAGCCCCCUUCAGCCCCCAAUCAUCGAUAUUCUCUUAAACGAAGUCACCUCAACUAUAGACGACGAAGCUCACGAUCCUGCUCACCUACGCCUCGUUCUAAGCCAACUGCGUUACUUGCCCCAUAUUAAAACUCCCGAAAGUCUCACAACUAAACUUCUUGAUAUUAUCGAAAUAGCCCCCUAUACCGCCCAAUUAGAGAUUUUAGACUCUAUCCCUGAGAUAAUCCCCGAUAGUGAGUACCAUUCUGCCGUCGAAGAACUCGCAAAAAUGCUUGAUAAUAGUGAUAACCUUUCCGGUGCUAUAAUCGACUGUUUGAAUGCUUUGAAUUUAACUUCCGACAUGCGAACACAAAUACAAGACCAUAUUUUGGCGAAAAUGUUGGCCGGAAGUUCGAUGAAAAUAUUUCCGGUUUUUUUGGAUUUUUUACUAACGGAUUGUCACAGCAGGACUUUACCUGGAAUCUUGAUGAAGAUUCGAAACGCUUUAAAUGCGAUAAUGUCACGUGAUGAAGGUGAUAAAGAGACGGAGUCUUGCAAAAUCUUGAUUUUUAAUCGACUACAAAAAUCGGCGAGUUUGAAAGUGGUGUCAGAGACUUGGUUGAGUCUAAUUUCAAACAUGAAAAACUCCAAUGAUCACAAAUAUAUCGAUUUGGUCCUUUUGUUUAUGUUACAUGCGAGUACUAAGUUGAAGAAACGGACAAUUGAAACCACAAUACGGAAAAAAGUAAAAGAAGGUCACUUCAAAUCAGGAUUAGUGGAGCAUUUGUUUGAGAAGAAUUUCCCUCAACAACUAUUCCGUGAUUAUUUUAAUACAAUGACUGAAAUCGGAUCAACUCUUUUACGAACAUCAACCGAUUCAACCAUCACCGAAUUCGCAUCAACACUCUUCAAACUCCUCUUCACACACGAACACACAAUACGAAUCUACCGACAGGAAAUUCUCGAAAAUUUGAUCGUUUUGGUCGGUUCCAGUGACCAAAAAAAUGUCACAGUGAUCCUCAACAUAAUCCUCGAUUUGGUCCCCGAAAUCUCCAAAACACCAAACCAUGCCAUAAUCCUAAUGCGUCUCUUAGAGAUCCUUGACACGUUCGAACUCAAAGACACAAAACUAGUGUUUGAAAUUUUAUGUAGUGUGACUUGUUCUGAUGACUCCUUGAUCGGUUUGCGGGAAGAAAUCCAUAUUUUGAUCCGUAAACAAUUAUCGAGUUUCGUGCGAAGUUUGAAACACCGAGGGAUCAUAUCGGCGGUGGUCAUGGCCAAACACAUUGCGACUGUUAAUGGUGACCAAAGUGACGUCGUAUUAUCCGAAGAUUCGAUUAUUAGCAUUGCACAAUUAAAUGGUGUUGCGAAAGAUGCAGCUGCUUUACUCGAAUUGGCGAAUACUUCGACUGCAGGUAGUCCUGAUCUAGUCGGCUUGUAUUACGACCAGUUGGCAGCAAUGAUUGUCAAAAGUGAGAAUUUGGAUAAACACUUUCUGGCAUGGUUGCACGAAAAUGUCACUCUCGAUUUUCAAGAUGUCUUCAUAACGGAAACAACAAACUCGAUUAUAGAUGAUUUGGAGGUCUCAAGACAAUACAAUUUGAACACCGAUGAAGAAAUGGAAGCCCCAAUUUCCGUCAACAUCGCCGAAUUGACCCUCAAACCGGACAAACAUUCAAUUGUGGUCCUCGCCCCCCAUUUCCGACUCUUGCGUUUGUUACAUUACAAACAACAAAAUGGCAAUUUGGAGUCAAUUGAUGCUUUACUCGGUUGUGGUGUUAUUCUUCCCAAAUCGGAACAGAAAGACUCAUUAGAACAGUUUAGGAAAACAAGUGACUGUCUUUUCCAUUGUAUCAACUGGUUUCGAGAGGUAAUAAGCGGUUUUGUGCUUCAAAAAAGUGAGAAAUUGAGACGAAAAGUGCUACAAAGAAUCGAUCAUUUGACCGAAUUGGAGCAACUCCUUUUCGAGUCUUUAGACUCUAUCCCUGACCAUAAACUUCCAAACUGUUAUUUCGACUUACUUUCACAAAGUACGAGAAGUUCCUCGCCUAGUAAAGACCUCAAACAGCCGCGUAAAAAAUUGAAGAAAAGUCGCGAAUUUCUUGACUCGACUGUUGCCUCGUCAAGUAAAACUCCUACGAGGAAAAAAAGGGACGACUUUAAAGUCAAUUUCAGGGAAAUUGACACGGAUCUAGUGAUACUCCUUAAAUACCCACUUGGGACAACAAAUGACAAUCAAAUUUGUCUAAGUUUGAAACAAUUGAAUUUUAUUUUGAAGGACUACGUCCGGAAAUUGUCACUUUUGACCAAAGGAGCGAACUUAGGAAUGUCCCACUUGACCGCAAUCACUCCUCUACAAGUUAUAACCGAUUCGGUUAAAACCCUUCCGCACAUUAGACGCCACUUUGACACUAUUAUCACACACUACGACGAUGAUGAUGCAAAAAUCGCAUUUGGGUUAAUUUUGGAGUGUUUAUGUUUGAUUUUGGGUUGGUCGGGUUGGCAACACUCAAAACGUCUCGAGUUAUUUAAAAACAUACUCAAGAGUUUUCGUUCGAGUGACACUGACUUGCAUUCAGCCAAUCAUCUAAUCACUGAAUUGACAGAAAGGCUUGCCAACUUGACACAAUAUUGCUCUUGUUUGACACACGCAGUGCACUUGAUUCAGACAAUGGAGGCUUUGGAUUCCAUCACUCCGAGUCCUACAAUUCGGUCAAAAACUGCGAGUAAAUUGCUUAGUAAAGAGUGGGAAAAUCACAGUUCUGCCAACAUUGAUAUUUUAUUGAAAUCAUACUUGAGUAGUGCCAACAUUAAGACAUUGUGUGGGAUUGUGGGGACGCUUCAAGAGCAAGCACCGAGUCUCACGAGUAAGAAUGACUCACUCGACAUGCUUAAAAGUGUGACUAAAACCAAUUUUCAUGUUUUUUACCGGAAUUUAUGGAUGUGUUUGCACGAUCGUGUUAAAAAUGAGAUUCAAUCGUUAACAAAUGCGCAACAUUUGACUCUAUGGCGUACUGUUGCACUCACAAUGCAAGGAUUAAUGACUAUUGUCAAAGUUCAUGAAACGAAAUUCAAUCUUGUUUGUUUCCUAAAGAAGUCAAUAGCGAUUUUAAAGAUUUUCCUCUCGCAUGGGAUACCAAUCUUGGAGAUUGAACUCAAAUCAAAACCAGACAAAGUGGUUGAAAUCCUCAAAACCAUCCAAUCUAAUACCCGUUUCCUCCACCAUCUGUGUUGUUACUCGAAACUGACCAAAGAUGUCAGUUUAAUGUCCUAUGUUCCCCAAUUUCGGCUCACUUUAGAAACUCUGGUGUAUCGAGUCAAGGCCGCUUUAGUCGCAAAUGGGUGUUCGGCGGCUUUCUGGAUGGGAAAUUUGAAAAAUCGUGACUUGCAAGGUGAAGAUAUUUUAACCCAAAGCACCGAAAAUUCGACUCAUGAUGACGAAGAAGAAGAAGAAGAAUUACCAAGUGAUGAUGAUGAUUUAGAUGAUAAGUCCGCAAGUGAAGUUUUCGAAUAACUCACCUUUUCGCUUUGGAUGGGGUUUGUUAUGAUACCCUCUUUGAUGAAAAGACCAUAAUCGGCGUAAAACUUCUCAUAUUCUUCCGGUUUUUUGUUCAGUUGGUCCAGAAGGAAUUUUACUACACGGUUAGUUAGGACGUCUCGCAGUUUUCUGCAAGUUUGUAUUUAAUACUCUUAUAUAUUUUUUUCUAAAUAAAUACCUGAUAAGUGCGCUGUUUUGCAAUAAUUCUCGACUGAGAUUCAACGGAAUAUCUUCAGAAUCGACGACACCUUUAACGAAUCGUAACCACUUGGGGAGGAUGUUGUCAGUUUUGUUUUUAAUUAACACUUUUCGCGUGUAGAGGGCGACACCGGACUCGACCUCACGUGACAUCUCAAACAGACCUACAACCCGGAUUGUAUAAUAGUUUUUUUCUACAAUUUUUCUAACCUGGUUUUCCUUCGGGAAAAUAUAAUAACGCGUGUAUGGACAAUGGAACAUCAGUUUUGUAAUGUAAUAUGUAUCUAGGGACGUCAUAACUCCCACUUAUAAACCGAUAAAAUUCGUUGUGUUGCUGUACUGUUACACUUUUGGGGUCAGACAACCAAACUGGUUGCACAAUAUUUGCUUUUUUUCCAUUCAAAUAAAUGGGGCUUCCG